CACUGUCGAAUGAGCCAAAAGAUCGUACAAGAUGAAGUUAUGUAAACUCACCUUUUUUUGUGACAAAAUGUGCAAUUCACACUCCGACCUGUGAAAGGCAGCAAUACGCAACACAGCGUCUUAGUCUACCGGAAACUCAUAAGAAGAAAGAAGUCAUGUAAACGUUAUCUCUGCUUGAAGUACAAUUCCUACCGUGUAAUGAACACCAACAUCGGGGAGAAAAAUAGACUAAAACAUACUUUAUUUGCUUGAUAUUGAGGAUAUCACGUUGAUAGCUCUACCCCAAAAAUGGACCUGCUGCUGCAAAUGGACAAUUUCGAUAGCACCAUAGAGGAUUGGGCUACAUAUAUCGAGAGACUUGAGCAGUAUUGCUUUGCUAACGAUGUAGAAGCUGAAAGGAAAGUGGGGGUACUUCUGGGUGUAAUGGGAGCUAAAACAUAUAACUUGCUAUGUACCCUUACAGCACCGACAAAGCCAGAAGAGAAGACUUUCAAAGAGAUUGUAAACGCGUUACAGACCCAUCUAAAUCCAAAGCCGCUGGUCAUAGCCGAACGUUUCCGAUUUCACAAACGGAAUCAGCAAAAGACAGAGUCAAUACCGGAGUACAUUGCGGAGCUCCGCCAGCUCUCGCAGUAUUGUCAGUUCGGACAGGGAUUGUCGGAUGCGCUCAGAGACAGGCUGGUAUUCGGGUUACACAACGAGAGCACACAGAAACGGCUCUUAUCAGAAAUAGAUCUGACAUUGGCGCGCGCAUUGGACAUAGCCAUAUCAAUGGAAACUGCCGCAAAAGAUACAGGAGAGUUACAGAGGAAAAAUACAGUGGAAUGCACAGUGAACAAGUUGAACACCCGACGUCAAGAUAAAUCACAGGCAUGCUUUCGGUGUGGUAAAAAGUCACAUGACCCUAUCGAUUGUUGGUUUAAAGACAAAGACGGUAGACAAUGUAACAAAAGAGGACACAUACAGAAAAUGUGCAAAUCGAAGCAGAGUGAUAAAAAGUCACCCAAAACAGGAAAGAGAGAAGGAGAAGUGCAUCAGGUUACUGAAACUGAUUCAAAUGACUCUGAUGAAGACAUGUCAUGUCUUGAACUUUUCUCUCUUAAAGAGACAGAUCGCAAAAUAAUCUGUGUGACACCUGAGGUAGAGGGGGUGGCACUAAAGGACACAAUGUUUGACAGCAAGGACAGCAGUUUACAUACAGAUAGACAAUUGCGUCAGAGAACGUUGGAGAAAGGGAAGGAAAUGGCCACAAUCUCUGAUGAUGAUGGUGGUGAUGAUGGUGUUGAUGACGAUUAUGAUUAUAACGAUGAUAAUGGUGAUGAUGAAGGUGAUGAUGAUAAUAAUGGUAAUGAUAAUUAUGAUGCUGGUGACAGUAGUGAUAAAGAUGGUGAUGAUGAUGCCUGUGACAACAGUUCUAAAACCAGAGACAAGCCCUACCACUGCUUAGACUGUGGUAAGAGUUUUACCCGAGUCUAUCAUUUAAAAAGACACAGGCAAACACAUAACAAAGAAAAAUCUCACCAAUGCUCUGAUUGUGGUAAAAGCUUCACUCGACCGGAACAUUUGAAAAAACACCAGCGAAGCCAUAUGACUGACAAAUCAUACCAUUGCACUAACUGUGAUGAGUGUUUCUCUAAAGCAGCACAACUAAGAAGUCACAUGAAAGUGCAUGCCGGGGAAAAGCCUCACCUCUGCACCGACUGUGGGAAACUAUUCCAGUCGUUACACGCGUUUGAAAGACACCAGCAGAAACAUGCUGGAAAGAUUCUUCACCAAUGCUCAGACUGUGGUAAAGUUUUUACCAGAGCAUAUCACUUGAGAAGACACCAGCAUACACAUAAAGAGAAGUCUAAUCACUGCUCUGAUUGUGGUAAGAGCUUCACUCGAUUGGAACAUCUAAAAAGACACCAGCGGAAACACAAGGAAAAGACACGUUACCACUGCUCUAUGUGUGAGGAGAAGUUCUCUACACAGGCAAUGUUAAAUAGUCACCUGCAGGUACAUGUUGGAGAGCUACCUCACCAUUGCUCUGACUGUGGAAAGGCGUUCUCAGACAAAAGACAAUUUGAGAUCCACCAGAAAAGACAUCAGCGAAAAACUGUAAAAAAGAGGUCUUACCUUUGCAGUGACUGUGGAAUGACUUUCAGCAAGCCAAGCACAUUUAAGGUGCACCAGAGAUCUCACACAGGAGAAAAACCAUACAGCUGCUCAGAGUGUGGGAAGAGUUUUGUCCAGUCCACCACACUCCGGAUCCACCUCCAGUGGCACGCUGGGGAGAGGGCCAGCUACUCCUGCCCUGUUUGUGGGAAGACUUUCUCUCGCUCUAACAGUGUGAGGAGACACCAGAUGGUUCACACAGGAGAGAGACCUCAUGAGUGUCCCUGCUGUGGGAAACGCUGCUUCCGACGGAGUGCUCUGAUCAUACAUAUGAGGAUUCACACUGGAGAGAAACCAUACAUUUGUUCUGAGUGUGGGAAGAGGUUCUCCCAAGAUGGCGACCGGAAACGACACCAGAUAAGACACCACCCUGACCUCUGACCUGAAGAGGACUGCAGGCACAGACAGGCUUCAGUAGAGGCACACCGAUCCCAAAUCCACCCUCAGCCCCUACCCUACUAGCUCAUACCCCCUAGCCCCUAUACCAGGGGGUUGCAAACUCAUUCCUGGACGGUCUAGUGGUUUUUAUUAUUUCCUUUCCAUUUGUGUCCAACUAACACCUAGACAAUCAGGUGAGGGGAGUUCCUAAUCAAGUUCAAGGGAGAAGCGACAACCGGCAAACACUCGACCCACCAGAUAUUGAGUUGACAUCCCUGCCCUAUACCCUCUACCCCGAGCUCAUACAUUUAGCUCCUAACCUCUAGCUCCUACUCCCUAGCUAGCCCAUACCCUCUAGUAAAUAUCUGGUUUAAAGAACAGCUAAAAUGUGAACCAUUUCAUGUCAGGUUGUUUGUUUUGUUUGCUUUUCCAUAUCCUCCUUUAAUUAUACAUUGCUAGGAGUUCCUAAUCAAGUUCAAGGGAGAAGCGACAACCCGCAGACAUUCGGGUGUCCAGACAUUGAGUUUGACUUAAUGGCUACAUUUGACUCAUCACAUACUGCUGCUACUGUUUAUUAUCUAUCCUGUUGCCUAGUCAUUUUAUUUCUACCUGUAUGUACAUAUCUACCUUAAUUAUCUCAAACCUGCACAUCGACUCAGUACUGGUACCCCCCCACCCCC